AUGCCAGUGCGUGUACUCUGUCUUCACGGGCAAGGAGUGAACUCAGCCGUCUUCCAGAAGCAGACACAGAGCCUACGCGAGAUGCUGCCUGCAGAUUACGAUUUCCGUUUCUUCGACGGCAAAUACGAAUGCGAACCGGCUGAGGAAGUGCGCGAUUACUACCAGCCCCCGUAUCUUACUUGGUACAACACUCCGACCGUGGAGAAAGUCAAGGACGCGCAUGAGCAAAUCCGACAGAUCAUCGAGAGCCACGGCCCCUUUGAUGCAGUCAUGGGCUUCAGCCAGGGCGCUGCUGUAGCAGCCUCUCUACUGUUGCAUGAGGAGCUAGAAUCCAAGCCACUCUCCUUCAAAGCCGCAAUCUUCAUCGGCUCGCCCAUACCAUUUGCCAAAACUACGCAAGUGGGCAUUGAUGCGCGCUCUUACUUUGGCGUCCCCAACACGCUUCCAAAUGCGCACGCUCGCCCGAGCCGCAUACCACCCCACUUGCUGACGGACCCUGCGUAUUUGCGCAAUCCCGCGCAGCUGGAGCGGGUUUCGUGCGAUAACGUGCAAUAUCAGAUGUUUCACCCCACGGCUGACGAGGUGCGCAUCGCGUUGCCGACGGGACAUGUCAUGGGUAUGCAGGAUAAAUGGUUGUGCCACACGGAUGAGCACGACAAACCAGAAACCACCACCAGUCUCACUCAACAUGGCUCUACCGAGGAUGAUCAAGCAAAGCCUGAACCCGGCUAUCAAAGUGGGCUGCCGUUUUUUCUGGUCGUCUUCGCCUUGCUGUUGAGCAUGUUCUUGAUCGCCCUUGAUAUGACAAUCAUCGCGACUGCAAUCCCAAGUAUCACGGAUGAUUUCCAUUCGGCCCCAGAUGUCGGCUGGUACGCUGCUGCGUUCUUCAUCACAUUGGCCAUAUUCCAAUCAGCAUGGGGUAAAGCAUACAAGCACUUCAAUAUUAAGAUUACCUUCGUGGUAGCAGUCUUCCUGUUCGAGGUUGGCAGCUUGAUCUGCGGCGUUUCGCAAAACAGUCUUACGUUCAUCGUCGGCCGAGCCAUCGCUGGACUUGGUGGAGCUGGCGUUACUGGUGGCGUGUAUACCGCCAUGGCCUACAUUGUGCAGCCUGCGCAAGUUCCAACAUACAUUGGCCUCAUCGGCGCCGUGUUUAGUGUCGCCAGCGUUGCUGGCCCCCCACUUGGCGGUGCGCUCACUGGCGAGGUGAGCUGGCGAUGGGUAUUCUACAUCAAUCUGCCAAUAGGCGGCUUCGCCCUGUUGAUCAUCUUCAUCUACUUCCACUUGCCUGCCACAGUCAAGCCAGUACCUAUCGGCCGAAAAGAACUCAUCUUGGUCAUGGAUAUCCCCGGUAUCGUCCUCGGCAUGGGUGCGCUUGUCAGCUUCACGCUUGCUAUGCAAUGGGGUGGUACCCUGAAGCCUUGGUCUUCUCCAGAUGUUAUAGGUACCCUCGUAGGCAGUGCUAUCAUGACUGCCCUCUUUGCCGUCCUGCAGUGGCGAGCGGGCGAGAACGCCUCCCUCGUUACCCGGAUAAUGACGCAGCGAACAGUCGCAGCACUGUCGGCAUUCAUCUUCUUUCUGAACUCGACCAACUUCCUCCUGGUAUACAAUCUCCCACAAUACUUUCAGGUUAUCAACGACCUCUCUGCCACAGAAAGUGGUAUCAGAAACCUUGCACUCAUUCUCUCAACUUCAGCUUUCGUCCUCGCAAGUGGCUUCAUCCUCGGCCGGGUCGGCUACUACCACAUCUUCCUCAUCAGUGGUUCUGCUCUACUCACAGUCGGGGCCGGCCUCGUAUACACGCUCGACCUUGACUCCACAGUCGCGGAAGUAGUGGGGUUCCAGAUUCUGGUUGGUAUGGGUAUCGGCUUAGCCAUCCAGGCUCCCGUCAUUGUCGCACAGGCCUUCUCGGCCCCUGAAGAUAUACCAGUAGUCACGUCGAUAGUCAUGUUCUUCCAGCUAGUGGCGGGAGCGAUAUGUGUAUCGGCCUCGCAGACACUUCUCAACAACCGACUGAUCUCAGCACUGGCGGACCUCGCGCCCAACAUUUCAUCCGAGCAAGUCUUCGCGGUCGGUGCGACGGAGAUUCGUGAUGCCUUUCAGGGAGCCGAUCUCGUCGCUGUGCUCAAGUCCUACAUGGUCGGUCUUAAAGAUUCUUGGCUCUUUGCGACUGUUUUGGCUGCGAUCACGUUUCUCCUGGCUUUUUCGGGAGAAUGGAAGAGUGUGAAGGGCGCAAAGCCUGCGGCUGUUGCAUGA